GAGCCAUUGGGUUUCUAAAUUUGUUUGGAUUACGAAGUUAACUACUGAAAAAAAUGAAGGGAGGGAGUAGCAGUAGCAGAGGAACGAAGAUGACGGCGAUUCUGCCGUGGGAGCUCAUAAUCGAAAUUUUGUUGAUGUUGCCUGUCAAAUCCCUUGUCCGUUUCAAAUGUGUCUGUAAGUCAUGGCUUUCUCUUCUCUCUGAUCCACACUUUGCAAUAUCACAUUUUCAACGACUCUCAUCAAGCUCUACCAGACUUUUGUUCAUAGGGCUUCCUUCUCCUGAAAUCCGAUCCAUAGAUUUCAACGCAUCCCUUCACGAUGAUUCUGCAUCUUCUACUUUAAACCUCAACUUUCUACCUCCCAGUACUCAUCAUAAUGUUCAGAUAAUAGGUUCCUGUAGAGGGCUUUUACUUCUGAACUCUUGUCAAAGUCUCUGGGUGUGGAAUCCAUCAACUGGUGUUCACAGAAAAUUAUCUUCCACCCCUAUUGAAUCCAAUUUGAUGCAAGCCAUGUUUUUUACAUUUCUUUAUGGUUUCGGGUAUGACCCAUUAACCGAUGACUACUUGGUGGUUAAAGCGUCAUACAAUCCAAUGCCAUACAAUCCGCUCGGUAGUGCAACCACCCGUGUGGAGUUUUUCUCGCUCAGAACUAAUGUGUGGAGAGAUUAUGAGGCCACCCAUUUGUCUUAUAUGAACUCCUUUAGUGGUAUCAAGGGCAUCACAGAAGGGUCGCUUUUGAAUGGUGCUAUUCAUUGGUUGGCUUUUUGCCGUAAUGGAUCAAUGGAUGUCAUUGUUGUCUUUGAUUUAACUGAAAGGAGUUUCUCAGAGAUACUUUUGCCGGUUGAAUUUUUAGAUUAUGACUCUGAUUUUUUUGAUCUGGGGGUGCUUGGGGAUUUGCUUAGUAUAUGUUUUGCGGAGUGGGACCAGUCAGUGGAAAUAUGGGUGAUGGAAGAGUACAGAGUGCAGUCAUCCUGGACUAAGACUAUUGUUGUGUCUGCUGAAAACAUUCCUGCUGCUAUGUACUUCUUCCCAAUAUGCUAUACAAAAGAUGGUGAUAUUUUUGGGACAGAUGGUUGGACUGGAUUGGCAAAAUAUAAUGGCAAGGGACAGCUGCAAGAGCAUCGAUCCUAUAGUAAAGGUUGUUACCGAUCCCAGGUGGCUGUGUAUACAGAGUCACUGCUUUCAUUCCCCAUGUAACAGCAAGCAAGCAAACUGAAGAACAUGACUAACUAUAAACAAGAAGUACUAGGUUAUGAAACAUUUUCUGGUACCUUUUCUGUUUUCUUAAUACUUACCUUGUAUUAUGAUUUAUGAAUUCCCCCUGAAUACUACAGUAAUACAUGGAACGAUGGAACUACCACUUCAUUAUUAUGUUUUUGUUACCGUGUCAAUUAGUGCAAUUUGUAUCCUUCCACACUCUCACUGGAAUUUUAACUUAACCUUAAUGGGGAAUUUAUUGUAUGCUAGCGUGAUAUGUAGCCUGGUUGUGGGGCGAUGGGUUGAUUCCUUGUUGAUGUAAUCUGGAUGGAAUGUUACUAUUAAUUGUGAUGUCCAAUUUUGUCU